AUGAUAGCCAGAGGUGAGUUGGCAGAUUACCUUAUGACGAAGGAGUAUGUGAAGCCCCGCGAGGUCUAUCCUCGCAAGGUAGAAGGUACUCAAAUAAAGGUCAUUCAUGCAAUACAUGGCAGAUCUGAAGAUGAUCAAGAGUCCGAGGAGGUAUAUAGAUCCAGAUUGAGGGCAGCCCAUAAGCUCAAGAAGAUAUCAUCGGUCAAUGCUAUCGCUUCGGGCAGCAUCAGUAUUGGAUUCGGCGAUGGCUACUUAUCCAGAGUUCAACUCCCCCACGAGGAUCCAUUGGUCAUCAGUCUUUUAGUGGCAAAUUGCAUGAUCAAGAGGGUUUUGAUAGACCCAAGGAGUAGCGCCAACAUCAUCACAAAGGCGGUCUUUGAGCAGCUAGAGAUCCUGUCAUCAUCUAUUCGACCUACCUCCAGCCUAUUGAUGGGGUUCGGUGGCACAAGAGUAGAUCCCCUUGGGGUGAUACGGUGCUUAUCUCCGGAUGGAAAGGAGGUUAUUAAUCUAUGGGGCAAUCAAGUAGCUGCGAAAGAAUGCUAUAUGCUGACACAGGCCGAAGCAAAGAAGGUGUCUAGACAGCCUCAACCAAGCCUGACUCCCAGAAAUAUACCCAAAUAG